CGCACACCGCGCGGCCAGAAGCUCACCCGCCGCUGAUCGCGCCCCGCAGCGUCCCGCCACCGGCCGGCGAUAAGACCGCGCCGCCCGCCGCCGCAGGCAUCCCGCAGCGUCCAGGAACCUCCUUGCACCGUACUGCACCUCCUCCAGCCCGCUACCGCGCGCCACACUUCGAGCCCACGAUGCCGCGCUUCCUCCGCCGCAUCUUCAGCGACGCGCACCUACGCUUCCGCCGCGCGCCCGCGGACACGGAUAUCACGCCGUCGCGGCGCGUCAUCACCAAGACCACCGAAAGACCUGAGAGGAGACUCCGAGCGCGGCUGUCGCAGCUCAAUCUCGCGCUGCACCCGCAGCUGGACGGGCGCGCGGAGCUCGACACUGCGGGGUCUGCGCGGCCGCUUUUUGCGCCGAGUAUUGCGUCGCACGAGCUUGAACAUGAAUAUGGUGCUGGUCGGGGGGAAGGGAAGGGCAAGCAGAAGGAGAAGGAGCCCAGGCGGCGGCUGAGCAAGAGACAUCGUAUGCCGGACCUGAACGCUUGAGGGCGGGCUACCGUAUCGCUGGGGCUGGGGCUGGGGCUGUGGAUUGGAG